AUGGAGUCGUCCAUCGUCGAAAUCGAGGAAAAGGCGGCGACUCGGCCCUGUGAUACUCGCGCCGUCGGCCUCGGAGGAGGCAACAACAUGAACCACUUAACAACAGCAACAGCAACAAUAACGACGGCUACUGCUACUGCAACGACAACUACCACGACGCUCUCGAGCAGCAGCAGCAGCACGUCAUUGGACUGUGACGUUACUCACCACGUUCAAUCGCCACUUGUGCCGCAGUUGCCAAGCGACAAGAACGAGAGCCAGCGAUCCAGUAGCUGUCGAGGUCCGACGGCGAACGUGCUGGCGGUCGCGUCGCGCGUGCGCAGUCACGACAACGUGUCGGCGGCGUCCGUGCCCAUGAGACGCCACAAUAGCUCCCAGAACAUUAAGCAGAUCGCUCUAGAGCGCAAGCGGAGCGCUGGUAGUAACACUUUGAGUGCAGCUGCAAUGAUCCGAGCAGUGAAAGCUGCUAAUGCUGGCGGGGACGACCGCACGGGGUUCGCACGCAUAUACUUUGAAAACAAAACGUUCACGUCGUCGACCGUGUUCAAGCUGUUGGGUAGUACGACGGUGCUCGAAGUGCGCAAGUCCAUGGCAGCUAAGAUCAAGAUUCGGAUGCAGGAUUUUGACAAGUACGCGAUUGUCGUAGUGUUCCCGACAGAUGGUGCCGGGUCGAUGUCAGCUAGGACGUUGAAAGACGAGGAGCUGAUCCUACCGCUGGUGGAGCGAUUGAAUCGGGCACGGUCGGUGCAGCCAGUUGUUGAGGGGACGGAGACGGCAGGUGGUGGCAGCUCGACGCGAUCGAAAGCGAAAAAUGUUGCAAGACCACCGGUCAAGUUUGUGCUCAAGGAUGUUCAAGGUUCUCAGCUCGACAUUGGUGAAAGUGUCGCAUCACCAAAACGUCAGCAGUCCGACACACAGUCGAUUAACUUCCCGGUGUUAUUAGGAAAGGGUGUAUAUUCUGGUUACCUUCAGAAAGCAAGCUCGACCGAUACGAAUUUGUGGAGAAAGCGGUGGUUUAUCAUCAAGGGAGACCAGUUGCUAUACUGUAAGUCAAACGUGAACCAGCAAGAUGUGACGGCGAUUAGUUUGCUUGGUGCAGUCCUCGCCAAAGCUAAGCCAGAAGUACGCGUAGCGUUUUCAUUCCAGCUCAAGACACCUCGCCGGGAUUACGAGCUUUGUGCAAGUAGCAAGGACGAAAUGGUGGCCUGGAUUCACGCGCUGCAUGUUCAGAUUGGUCUGUGCUCAGAAAACCACCGCUUGUACGAAGCCGAGAUCUGGAUUACGGAAGACGCUGUAACGAGAAGCGAGCGGGAUUUUGCGCCGCCAACCAUAGAGGUCUCCCUACUAGAGCGUGUGCUAUCUCGUGAGGACUCUCUCAAGCUUUUUCGUGAUUUCGUCGUAUCGACGCAGUACCAGAGUUUGCUGGACACAUGGAUUGAGUGUGAGUUGUUCCGACGCAGCUGCAUCGCCCGAGAGAACGGUCUCGUAAGUAGUGCAGGCAUGACAAAUCGACGGACGGCCCAAGACGAGUGGAAUCACCUGAAGGCAAUCAUUCGUGCGAUUCAGCUGCUAAACAUUGUACACACAGACGAGCUGAACGAGCUGUGGCAAUUGUGUCAAACAGAGCAGGGUACGCGUCGACUUAGUGCGACGCUAAACAGUGAAGGCUACGUCGAGUACCCGCAGACUGAUGUCAUUGUUUCCGUGCAGCUGAAGCUAUUUAGGGCUGUCGAAGCGGGGCCGUUUCAACAGUUUAUUUUACAAAACGGAUAUCGACUUUUGCUGGAGCGCAUUAUUGGAGCAAUAGCGUGA